AUGACUGUUUUCCUAGAAUUUUUUUUUUGCCAUCUAACGUUUCCAUUGUUGUGGUUCUUCUUCAAACACAACAUGACAGACUCUGAGAAGACUUUAACGCGAACUUGUUUCACUUUACAAGAUAAUGUUAGGAAAGAAACAAAUUCAACAUUGCCACGAAAAUGCUUCUUUCGUCAACGUGCACAUUGCAACCCUUUAUCCGAUGCUUACUUAAGCUACCCACCUUCCCCAGAUUACGUCGAUUGGCGUCUUCAUUACCCUUCUUUUUUCAAAUCAAACGAUACCGAAAAGUUAUACUUGAAUACCACAAGUCAUCCUAUUGACUAUGCCCAUGUAAUAGACGAUCAAUUCAAUGGUAAAUCGAUCAGCACGUCUCGUGUUGAAAUUCUUGAUGUUGGUUGCGGUUAUGGAGGAUUAUCAUUGGCAUUGGCGACUUUAUAUCCUGAAACGCUCAUUUUGGGAAUGGAAAUUCGUGAAAAAGUUACCAAUUACUUGGGAGAAAAAAUUUGCAGUUUAAGAAAAUUGCAUCAGGAUGAUAAGAAGUACGCCAAUGUUGCGGUAAUUAGAACGAAUGUCAUGAAGUUUCUCGUUAACUAUUUCCGUAAAGGCCAAUUAAACAAAAUGUUUUUCUGCUACCCGGACCCUCAUUUUAAAAGAUCCAACCAACGCCGACGCAUCAUUAGUCCAGCACUUUUAUCCAUGUAUGCGUAUUUGAUGAAAACAGGCGCUCGAAUUUAUUGUGUAACGGACGUAGAGGAACUUCAUAACUGGAAUAUAUCAAAGCUUCAUGCCCACCCUUUAUUUAAACAAGUGAUUGUUUCAUCCGACACUUUUGCUCAAGAUCCUUGCAUUCACGCCAUGUUAUCUUCCACUGAAGAAGGAAACAAAGCUAGGCGUUUAAAGAGAGAAUGUUACUCAUGCGUAUUUGAACGUGUUUAACGAAUCGUAUGCUUCAAAUCUUUUGAUAGAAUGGUUUUUUUUUUAACGAAACAAGGAAUUUUUCUUUUUAAUCGCUCCGGAAAAAAUUUUUAAUUGUUCUAGUCUUUUUAUCCUUAAUGAAAAGGUUCUUUAUUAAAAAAAAAAAAACGAAUUUUAACAUAAUCGCUUUCUUAACGUAUUUUGUUAGUCUCUCCAAACUGAUUGUUUGUGUUUUUAAUAAUAAUUUUUUCAAACAAUGUCUCCGACUUUUGUUUAUAUAAAAUGUUAUACAGAAUUUUUAUUUUAAAUUUUUUUUUCAUACAUGUCAUCCUUCCUAUUCAU